CGUCACAAGGAUGGAAGGCCAAGGGUGUCGAUUCAACAAAACUCAUCCUGGUGAGUGUGGCUACAGGGGAUUUCGUUAGUAUUUUCGGGGUGUUCCCUACCAAAAAAGAAUCAAAGUCAAAGGAUUCCACCUAAUUCAGUCUCACUUUUGAAACGGAUAUAGGAUAGUUUAAUGGUUUGCUCAAAUGAAAAUCUAGUUUCAAGGAAGCUGCAAACCUAUUUUAGGAGAUGCACUGGAGUCCUUCCGGAUGCAAUGAUUUCACUUGACUCGUCGAGGCUUGUUAUUCUUUUUUUCGCGAGUGGUGGUCUAGCGUUACUAGAUGCCUUGGAAAAUGUGGACAAACAAGAGAUAAUAGAAUUUAUUUACUCUCACCAGAUUUUACCCACAGGUGCACAUGACCCGAAAAGUGGUUUCAGGGGGUCGAAUCUUAUUGGCUGCUCAUCAGAUCCUGAGAAGGUAAAGUUGAAUCGAUCGGAAUACGAUGGAAGCCAUGUAACAAUGGUAUAUUCAGCUCUUGCCACUCUGUUACUACUUGGUGAUGACCUGUCUCGUGUAAAUCGAGAUGGAAUCCUUAGCGGUAUAUCGGCUAUGCAGUGUUCAGAUGAACCGGGUUUAUUCAAAGCAGGAGAUGUUUGUCCAGAGAGAGAUAUGCGUUUCGUCUUUUCGGCUGUUGCUAGCUGUUAUAUCCUAAAUGGACUGAAUUCAAUCAACUGUGAAAAUGUGGCAAAUUUCAUUUCGAAAUGUUUGACUUACCAAGGUGGAUUCGCCAAUUUACCAUAUUUAGAAGCGCAUGCUGGAGCAACUUAUUGCGCAGUGGCUAGUUUAUCACUUACCAAUAAAUUGGAGUCGGUUAUUCCCUCUGGAUCGAAAUCACGAGACAGACUAAUUAAAUGGUUACUAAAUCUACAAGAAGAAGGAUUUCAUGGGCGUAUUGGUAAACCAGAUGAUACAUGUUAUACAUUCUGGGUCUGUGCAAGUCUUAAAAUAUUAAACUGUCAUCAUUUAGUCAAUAAAAAUGCUGCACUUCGUUUCAUAGCACAGUGUUGGGAUGACGUUGUUGGUGCAUUCAAAAAAAAUCCUGAGAAACUAUGUACUCCUGAUCCACUGCAUACAUUUCUUUCUCUUUCUGGUCUGUCCUGUCUACGUAGUAAAACUAAUAUCAUUGAACAAGAAGAGCAUAAUGAUACAUCGACUUGUAAUUCAGAGGUUUAUCAUAAUCUAAAAGAUUUACUUAAUUCCAAUAAACUCCUCAAUAUUGAUCCAGCAUUAAAUAUCCCAGAACAACGUCAUGAGCUUCUCCGACAGAUACAUAUUCGCUGGAGCAAAGAAUAACCUGGUGAUAUACAUAUAUAUGCUGCUGACCGGACCAUUAGACAUGUUUUCCAAUACGAUGCAAUAUUUACUGGAUUUUUAAGUAUAUACAUAUAUAUAUUGAAUUACUUUUAUUGUGAUUAUUUUUUCUUAAUAAAAUCUUCUUAUCCUUUUGU